AUGUGUUCAGUGUCCGAGUCAUCGAGUAGAAGAGUACAAUAUUUGGCGGGACUAAGCGUUUCCUUUGCGUUUACAUUCACUGGUGCAGUAUUAUCAUGGCCUUCGCCAGCGAUUCCAAAGUUCAAAAACGGUGAAGCAAAUGUACAAAUAACUGACGAACAAAGCUCUUGGGUCGUUGCUCUAUGCCCUCUUGGUGCGUUACUCGGCUGCUAUUUUGGGCAAGUUUUGAAUGAGAAAGUUGGUCGACGCCGUACAAUUCUCGCUUCAGUACUGCCGGGAUUAAUAGGUGCGCUCUUAAUCUUGUUUACAAAGACGCCAUGGCUUAUGUGCGUCGCGAGAAGUAUUAUUGGUGUGGGAAAUGGUAUUACUGCUGUGGUAACAAUGGUAUAUAUAACGGAAAUAGCUGACAAAGAAAUCCGCGGUGCUCUGGGAAUGUUGGUUCAAGUAAUGAUGAACAUUGGCGGCUUAUUAGUCUAUGGUAUUGGACCUUUUGUGUCCUAUACGGCACUUAACUCUAUAGUAUUAUCUAUUGUUAUCCUAUAUGGAAUUGCGUGUUUAUGGGUUCCCGAAUCCCCGUACUACCAUUUGAAAGACGGAAGGCUGGCGCUUGCAAAAAAGGAGUUUAUGUUCAUUAAAGGCACGAAGGAUGAUAAGUGGGCAAGCGAACAGCUGGCGAUAAUGAGAAGUCAUGUAGUUGAGAGUAUGGCUAAUAAAACUACAACUAAAGAGCUUUUUACUAACAUGAGAUAUCGGAAAGCGCUCUAUGUUGUGGCAGGUUUAAAGGUUCUUCAAUACAUGACGGGUACAUGUGCGAUACAGGCAUAUUUAGAGCCAAUUUUUAGCCAGAGUAGUUCCGUUUCCGGUCCCUACGUAAGCAUUGUCUAUGGCUUCGUUCAACUUGCCGCUGGUAUUACCGCAACAUUUCUCACAGCCUGUGUAGGACGACGUGUAUUAAUGUUGACAUCUUCGAUCGGUGUUGCCAUAUCACUAACAGCGGUUGGCAUAUAUUUUUUCCUUCAAGAUUACUAUCAGUUGAGCGCUCAAACGCUUUCAUCACUAUCUGCAAUCCCUCUCGUAGGCGUUUUGGGAUUUAAUAUUCUAUAUAGUAUUGGUUUAGGAAAUCUACCUUAUAUAAUGCAAGCGGAAUUAUUUCCCAUUAAUGUUAAAACUGUAGCGUCCAGCUUGGCGACCAUGAUGGCCGCAAUAUUAAACUUCUUCGUGACGAAGUCGUACCAGGGUAUAAAAGACUUUUUUGGACAUUAUACAGUGUUCUGGUCGUUCGCGAGUAUCGCGUAUUUUGGUAUAUUUUUUAUAUAUUUCUUUGUACCGGAAACGAAGGGAAAGACGUUGGAAGAGGUUCAAGAUAAUUUGAAUGUCGAGGCUGUUGAAAUGGAGCAGUUGAAUAAAGAGAAACAGAAGGAAUAA